AUGAAUCUAAGUUGCUUGACAUGCCAGGUUUUAAGGAGGACAGAUUCAGAUAAUGAGCCAAGGGGAAGAUUCAAUGAUGUUGACAAUAGUACCCAAGAAACGUCUAAUUUUAGCCUGUGUUUGGGGAGAGCUGAUAGGAGUUGGUCAGGGAACUUGGCACCUAAUUCUGGCUAUGAGAAUACGAUGACUCGAAUGUUGAACAACGGCUCUCACCGGCUUCAAAACAACGGUGGUGGCCCGAUGGAGUUUCCGAGCGUCACGCCGAGGCUGCAGAGGAGCCCUGGGAUGAGAAGGGAUUGGAGUUUUGAGCAUCUCUGCAGACAGAUGAAUGAGGGUUGA